AUGAGCUCGGUCGGCGUUGCUAGAAGUUUCUGGGAUGUUCCAGAAGGACCUCAGGGAGUCUCAUGUCGUCAUAAUAAGGCGAGACGGCCAAGCCACAGGCCAACUGCUCUUCGUCUGCAACCACCACCAUCCUCCAUGGACAACGAUCAACGUGCAUCCGCAUUUCUCAGCCUCUUCUCUCAGGAUACACAAAACUCGCUUCACAACCUCUUAUUUGGCGCGCCCAACCCAUCUCAGCCUCAGGGCGAGGGCACAUCUAAUGCGGCUGCCCAGCCAGCGCCUCAGCAGAAUGUCGACACGGCAGCACAACGUUCGGCCACCGACCUGAGCUCAGGGAGUGCUGGUCCAGAUCCCGCGAUUUACAACUCAGAAGCGGCGUCUUCACACGAUAACUCUCACCCUCUAGACUACCACGACUCAGAUACCGACGUUGACAUACCCCCUCUCAUCUCUACUGCCACCCAGCCGGCGUCUCAUCACACAGACAUGGAAACCGACGACGACAGUGACUCUAUGCCGGACUUGCAACCGAUCUCCAACGUUGGAGAACACUCUUCUGCGCCCUUGCAUGAUGUUCAUGGACAGGGCGACGACGAUGAUAUUAUGCCCGAUCUGGAGUCUGUCUCUGGCUCCUCAGAGUAUUCGGACUCUUCUGAGCGGGAUGCUCGUGAUGUCGAGAUGAACCUCGGUACGCACGAUGGGGAUCACGAUAGCGAUUGGACAGACGACGAUUCCGAUGUAUCGAUGGACAUGCCACCCCUCCAGCCGCUCCCGCCUCCAGACAGGCAUGUCACCAUUGAAGAGGUGCAGGAUCCAGACGACAGACCCUCCGGUGCUGUCACUGGACAAGGGCCUUCGUCGUCGCAGCCUCCUCGUGCUCAAUCUUCACACACCCAUCCGGACCCACAUCACAAUCAUGCUCAUCAACAGCAACAUCCGCCACAGGGACGUACUCGCCGUUCGUUCACCUUUAGCAGCGGGCAGGUUCCCCUUCCGCCCUUACGUGCUUUUUUCGAGCCGUUAUUUUCAAAUGCGACGAUGCAGGGCAUGGCGAACGGCAAUGGCAACGCUCCCAGAUUUCAGGUGCCCACCUUUCAAAUGCCCACAGGCAGUAACAACACUGCCAACCCCUCUGGAAUCCCGGGCAAUCAACCGGCAGAAGCUGGCGCCCAGCAGCAGCACGGCCUGCCACCGCCGCCGCCACCCCGCUUCGACUUUUCGUUCUUCGCGGCGACGGGCCCAGGUGCUGCCAUGGGCGC